AUGCAUUUGGAGCAUAAUGCGUCUUGCCAGGAUCAGUUAGGGCAGCAGUUGAAAGCCGAAUCUUCAAACAAUUCAAAAGCAAGAGGCAGCAAAACAUUGCAAGUGGUAUCUGAUGUUGAAAAUACAUUUGCAAAGUUUACUUGGGCAAAAGAAGCACAAAAGAACAUUGAGAAUCUGAAGGAAGAGGGGAAGCCAAUGCCAAAGAACCUGGCUGAUCAAGGUAUUUCUGUUUCCAUGAUGUAUGGUCCACACUUGUGUGGGAAUAGUUUAUUAAUCAUGUUUGAUAGAGUUUCCAGAUUCAAUGUUUGCAUGGUUUCUGUCAAGAGUCAGAAAAAUCGUCAAAUAGGUGCUUUUGGUAUGUCUUCGUUUUCCUCUACUUUUAUUUGGUGA